CGCCGUCAGCGACGAGUAAAUAUAGAUCGGAAACCACGUCAAGCCUAUUCCAGUAAACAGUUAGAAAAUCUCGAGGCAGAAUUCAAGGCUGAUCGGUAUCUGAGCGUGAGUAAAAGAAUUGAAUUGUCAAAAAGUUUAGAAUUAUCAGAAACACAGAUUAAAACUUGGUUUCAAAACAGAAGGUAG